AUCCUGGGGUGAGAGAGGAGAGAAAGGUGAGCCGAGCCGAAGGCGGGGACGCGCUGCUGGGCUCCCCCAGUCUAUGGAGCGGGGUAAGAUGGCGGAGGCGGAAAGCCUGGAGACAGCUGCGGAGCACGAGCGGAUCCUACGAGAGAUUGAGAGCACAGACACGGCCUGCAUCGGGCCCACGCUCAGGUCUGUCUAUGAUGGUGAGGAACAUGGACGAUUCAUGGAGAAGCUCGAAACUCGCAUUCGCAAUCAUGACCGAGAAAUAGAGAAAAUGUGCAACUUUCAUUACCAGGGUUUUGUGGACUCUAUAACUGAACUGCUGAAAGUGAGAGGAGAAGCCCAGAAACUGAAAAAUCAAGUCACGGAUACUAAUAGAAAACUACAACAUGAGGGAAAGGAACUGGUAUUAGCAAUGGAAGAGCUGAAGCAGUGUCGACUACAACAGAGAAAUAUUUCUGCCACUGUUGAUAAAUUAAUGCUGUGUCUUCCAGUCCUGGAGAUGUAUAGCAAACUAAGGGAUCAGAUGAAAACAAAAAGGCAUUAUCCCGCAUUGAAAACUCUGGAACAUCUAGAGCAUACCUAUCUGCCUCAAGUUAGCCACUAUCGGUUCUGCAAGGUGAUGGUGGACAACAUCCCAAAGCUUCGAGAAGAAAUUAAGGAUGUUUCUAUGUCAGAUCUCAAGGACUUUCUGGAGAGUAUCCGCAAACAUUCAGACAAAAUUGGAGAGACUGCCAUGAAGCAAGUACCUGGGGCCCAAGAUUUGGUGGAUUUCUCUCCUGUUUAUCGAUGUCUACACAUAUAUUCAGUUCUGGGUGCCCGGGAAACAUUUGAGAACUACUACCGAAAACAGAGGCGAAAACAGGCUCGUUUGGUUCUCCAGCCGCCAUCUAACAUGCAUGAAACUUUAGAUGGCUACAGGAAAUAUUUUAAUCAAAUUGUAGGCUUUUUUGUGGUUGAAGAUCACAUUUUGCAUACAACCCAGGGCUUGGUAAAUAGAGCCUACAUUGAUGAACUCUGGGAAAUGGCACUUUCAAAAACCAUCGCAGCACUCCGUACCCACUCGUCUUAUUGCUCUGAUCCCAACCUUGUAUUAGAUCUGAAGAACCUCAUUGUCCUUUUUGCUGACACACUUCAGGUGUAUGGCUUUCCUGUAAAUCAACUUUUUGACAUGCUGUUAGAAAUCAGAGAUCAGUAUAGUGAAACUCUGCUAAAGAAGUGGGCAGGUAUUUUCAGAAACAUACUUGAUUCUGACAACUACAGUCCUAUACCAGUAACAAGUGAAGAGAUCUAUAAAAAGGUGGUAGGGCAAUUUCCAUUUCAAGAUAUAGAGCUGGAAAAGCAACCUUUUCCAAAAAAGUUUCCUUUCUCUGAAUUUGUGCCAAAAGUUUACAACCAAAUUAAAGAAUUUAUCUAUGCCUGUCUGAAGUUUUCAGAGGACCUUCAUCUAAGCUCAACUGAAAUUGAUGAUAUGAUUCGUAAAUCAACAAACCUAUUGCUAACCAGGACUCUGAGCAACUCUUUGCAGAACGUCAUUAAAAGGAAGAAUAUUGGCCUUACUGAGCUUGUUCAGAUUAUUAUCAAUACAACACACUUGGAGAAAUCCUGUAAGUACUUGGAGGAAUUCAUCACCAAUAUCACAAAUGUGCUACCAGAGACGGUCCACACCACAAAGCUCUAUGGCACUACAACUUUUAAGGAUGCCAGACAUGCAGCUGAAGAGGAGAUUUAUACCAACUUAAACCAGAAGAUUGAUCAGUUUCUACAGCUAGCUGACUAUGACUGGAUGACAGGAGACCUGGGCAACAAAGCUAGUGAUUACCUAGUAGACCUCAUUGCCUUUCUCCGUAGCACCUUUGCUGUAUUCACACACCUUCCUGGGAAGGUGGCCCAGACAGCAUGUAUGUCAGCUUGCAAGCAUUUAGCCACAUCCUUGAUGCAACUUUUGCUAGAAGCUGAAGUAAGGCAGCUUACCUUGGGAGCAUUACAGCAGUUCAACUUGGAUGUCAGAGAAUGUGAACAGUUUGCCAGAUCCGGCCCGGUGCCUGGGUUCCAGGAGGACACGCUGCAGUUGGCCUUCAUCGACUUGAGACAACUUCUAGAUCUCUUCAUCCAAUGGGACUGGUCAACCUACCUUGCCGACUACGGUCAGCCCAACUGCAAGUACCUCCGGGUAAACCCAGUGACAGCUCUGACCCUGCUUGAGAAGAUGAAGGACACUAGCCGCAAGAACAAUAUGUUUGCACAGUUCCGGAAAAAUGAGCGAGACAAGCAGAAGUUGAUUGACACAGUGGCCAAGCAGCUCCGGGCACUCAUCAGCAGCCACCACUCAUGAGAGCUGGCCUCAGGCCGCAGAGGCUGCUUGCUGCAGCUUCGCAGGCUGGACCUAGGCUGGCUGGCCCUACAUUUGUGCAUUCUUCUUCAAAGAGAGCAAGUGUAUUUUUUUAAUAACCUAUGUACAGUAUUCACAUCACCUUACCCUGUACGCAAAGAGGCACAAGAACGAGCAAGUAUAUGAGGUGUUGCUAGGCUGGGACUCGGGAAGACACACUACAUUAUCUGUAUAGCCUAGAGAUGGUGAGAAGUCUCACCAACGAGCACAGUAUGAUGAAUCACCUUUCACCCAUGGCUCUAGAGCUUAGGUCAGGAGCUACCCAAAAAAAAAAAAAAAAAAAAAAAAAAAAAAGGUGAUGGGUAAUGGGUACAAUAAAGUACAUCCUGUUUACUCCUGGGUGCCCCACAUAGGUGAAGGGGUUCUUCUUGAUGUAAGGAAAGGGCCUGGAAAACAUCACUGUUGAGUCUAGAAAAGCCCACCACCUAGUUCCGGAACCUCGUCUCAGCCCACUGGCUCAUUGGCUGGUACACAAGCAUGGCAUGUUGCAAGAUGACACCUUCACUCCAUUGUCCCAAACAGGGCAGUCUCUUUAGCCCAGAUCUGACCCAGAGCUUCUCCUGCUGAUCUGUCGUGGUCAGGACAGAGCCGAGCAUGCAGCGGUGCCUGGCUGGCUGCUGUGUGCCCUGGCACCAGCAGGAGCCUUACUAGACCUGAAAGCCAGUGUGACAGGGAUCAGAGCCCCUUCCCCAUUCAUCUCAUUUCCUCUUUUCAUGCUCAGACUACUUGGUUCUGAGCUUGGGUCAACAGCCAUUUCCAAGGGUCUUUGCAAAAUAGUCUCAGACAUGACCCCCUGCAGCGGUGUCACUGGGGUACGGCUGACCCCAGAAACCAGAAAAUGGCUGUUACUUCUCCCUGAGGUAAAACCUGAUGGUUCCUUAGGGUUGAUUCUUCCUUUGUAUUUAAAUCAGCUGGGCUCCGUCUCUAAAGGCACUAUCACCAGCUCUGCCAUUGGUGGAGACAGCUGCAGCUGGAUGUCUUUAGAGAUGGAGCCACUGUCACCAUAAAGCCAACAAGAACAGCUUUGGCUAGUAGGUUUGUUGUCUCUGGCCCAACCACCCCUCACCAAAUCACAGCAUGGAUAAAAAUGUCUUCUCACUCCAGCCCAAGGCUUUCAUCCUCUUUUGAUAUCUCCCAUAACCAUCUUUUGACUUCAUCUGAUGAUUGUCUAUAAUCUUAUCCCCAAACUCCAGAGUUUGCACAGGGAACCUGAACCAACCAGCUUGGGAGCUGUGUCCACUGUCUCAGAUGGGCUACUGAGAUUAAUGCAGGUGCUUUGCUAUGAGAUCAGUCACAGCAACCUGAACUUUAAGAUGCUUCAGAAGAUGCUACUUUGGCUACUGGCAAUAGUAUAAUUGUGCAUCACCAAACAAUGACAAAUAAGCCACACAGGCAUUUCCAGCUUGGAUUAGUGGGAGGAGAGACUCAUCAAGCAGAAUUCUUUACUACCUUUGUCAGCUACUGAGUUGCUUCUGGGGAGGGCAGUGCUUCCUUUUUCAUUCCCCACUCCCUAUGCCCUCCCUUCUUAUCCUAUAUCAACUCAAAGGCCGUGGGGAAGAGAAUGUGCACACAGGCAUGCAGCAUCCUCAAAGCUGAUGGGGCCAGGCUGCAUGCGAGCCCUGUCAAAGCCUCUGGGACCAUUCCGAGUGCGGUGGGGAUGACCCAGGCUCAGGAUAAGGGUCAGGGAUGAAUGCUGCCACCUAGAACUUUGGAGGCCAAGGUAAGGCAGCGACCUGUGGAAUGAGACCCAAGCUGCCAUCUCCCAAAGCCUGACUUUAUUUAAAAAGAGUGAGAAGUAAUCACACUAAUCUCGAGUCCUAUUGCUUAAGAAGGACCCCAAACUAGUGAGGACCCUUCCUCACUAGUCCCCAAUGUACAGCAAGAUGUCUUCAACUUGGAAUACUGAGAUCUCGAAGUGGGGAUGAAGAGAAACUUAAGCACAGCACAACGUUUUGUCUCUUAAGACUCAUUAUCACUGUGAUCUGGUUGCAAACCAGUACUCUGGAAGAACUAUGCUAUCGAGGAAAAAGCAAGCAAGUGGAAGGACAGGAGAUGCUCUACACCUUGCACGUGAUAUCCUUCCACGGACAAAAGCUUAUUCAAGCUCAAGGCACCUGAGGGCGGGUCUGCUGAUAGACUUCUUCUUCCCUUUCCAUUUGUCCUCAGUCUUCCCUGACAAAACCAUCGUGCUGCUACUGGGUGUCUAUAGAAAGGCACUCUUGGUGAGCAAAGGAUGGUCAAAACAGGGACUAGUGGUGGUCAGGUUACCCUGCUGGUGACGUGGGGUAUUUAGUUUUAUCUCUAGGCCAAAGAGCUAGGCCAGCUCUUGAGGGGACUUGUGCAAAGCACGUGUAGCCAUGCCCCUCAGAUUCUUAAGAUCUGGCCUCAAGGACCAGACAUCCAGAAGUGCCAAAGGGGCUAAAUUAAAGGGCGAAAACAUGGGUGGCUGGGAGCCUAUUGGCCUUCUAGUUGGAGUAAACCUUGGCCAAGUUCUUGGAGAAAUCAGAUCUGUUUCUAAAGGGAUGGUCUGGUUUGAGACCCUAGUUGGUUUCAGUAGUAAUAUAGGUAACUUGCAUAGUUUUAACAUUCAUAGGAAAAUCUCUGUGUAGAUUUUAAAUGAAGCUGUUGGGACUGAGAAGAACAGAACCUCAAAUCUAGACCCAGCAGAGUGUCCCUGUUGGCAAAGGGAAUGUCCAGCUUCCGAGGAGUAUGCCCCCAGUGUAAUUGCAUUCCAAGCCUCAGUCCCUAGAACUCAAAAUGUGCUUAGCUCCACUGCACACUUGACAAGUGUUUGCUCAGCAAGUCCCAGACCCCGAACCCUUUCUCCCCAAGCUAAUAACCUUCAUAGGGCCUCUGAUCACACUCCCUGGGACUGCCUGAGCACACCCCCACCUGAGCUUUCCUCCUUCCAGGAUCCUGCUCCUGUUUGCUUAAACUACCUUUUUUUUUUUUAAUCUUUCUGCCUGCAUUAGCAAUUAUUUUUCACUAAUGUGUUGGAAAUGACCUUUUUAUUUUGCACAAAUAGUUGCACAUUUAUGGAGGAAAAUUAGGAAAGCCCAUUUUUAACUCUAAAGGGAACUUUUUUCUUUAAAACUCACUAGCAAAAUCCACUGGUGCAGAUGGGCCUCAUGGUUAGUGGAAAACCUCUUCUAUGAAAAGAGCAUGUUUAUCUCUCCUGUACAUGUUCCUCUUUGAAUUGCUAUUAAACACGAGCGCCUGUCUACCUGUUUCAA